AUGGAAAACCAGACAUCAACAAAAGACUUUCAGAUUUUAGCUUUUUCUACUAAUGAGGAGAUACAACCCAUUCUCUUUGUAUUCUUUUUCUUUAUUUAUUUAAUUGGACUUCUAGGAAAUGUAAUUAUAAUUACAGUGACAUGUGCAGAUGCCCACUUACAUACCCCAAUGUAUUUCUUCCUUUGCAACUUGUCACUCAUAGACAUAUUUUACACCACUACAACCCUCCCCAAACUCUUGGACAUUUUAUUGACAGGCAAUCAAUUAAUUUCUUUUGUUGAGUGUUUCACUCAGAUGUUCUUUUUCACUUUUGUUGGGAGCAUUGAAGUUGUCUUGUUGUCCUCCAUGGCGUACGAUCGCUAUGUCGCAAUUUGCAACCCCUUACAAUAUCAUCUUAUUAUGAACACAAAAAAAUGUGUUUUAAUAUUAGUUGGCAUCUGGAUUCCGGGAUGUUUAAAUUCAGGCAUGGUCACCUUGCUUGCAUCAAAAUUAUCCUUCUGCCAUUCAAAUAAAAUACAGCAGUUCUUCUGUAAUGUUAAAGCUCUAGCACAAGUUGCCUGUUCCAGUACAGAAUUUGACAUUAUUAUCUAUAUAGAAGUGUUGUGUCUUGGACUUUGUCCCCUUUUAAUAAGUUUUGCUUCCUAUUUGAAAAUAAUAAAAAUUGUCGUAUCCAUUGGGACCACCAGUGGCAGAAGAAAAGCUUUUUCAACAUGCACGUCCCACCUUACUGUACUUAUCCUAUUUUAUGGGACAAUAUUGUUCAUGUAUAUGAGACCGACUUCACAGUACUCUGAUGAAUUGGAUCAGGCCUUCUCGGUGCUGUAUGCCGCUGUGGCCCCUAUGUUAAACCCCUUAAUAUAUAGUCUAAGGAAUAAAGAGGUAAAAGAUGCUAUGAUUAGAAUCAUUAGUUUUAAAAACAAGUAA